CGGAAACUGAUGAUUCUGCAAUGUCUGCCUAAAUUAUAAGAGGGAAGUGAGAGACUUGAAGUCAUAGCACAAGGACUGACUGAAGAAAGCCGGGCGCAUACUUAGUGCUGUUGGAGCCUGGUUCAUCAUGGGGGAGUGGUCUAUCCUGUCUGAUUUGUUGGACAAGGUGCAGUUACACUCCACUGUAGUGGGGAAGGUGUGGAUGAGUGUUCUUUUCCUCUUCAGGAUCUUCAUUCUGGCUGCUGGAGUAGAUAAAAUAUGGGGAGAUGAACAAGCAAACAUGUUCUGUAAUGUCCACAGUCCUGGCUGCAGGAACGCCUGCUACGAUCGAUCCUUCCCAAUGUCUCACACACGCUUCUGGGUCCUCCAGAUCCUCAUUGUCUCAACACCAACACUCAUCUAUCUGGGACAUGUCCUGUUGGUGAUUCGCAGAGAAAACAAGCUGAGAAGACGCCAGGAACAGAAACUUGAUAAGAAUGGAAUGAUUAAAGCUCCAAAAUAUUCCAAUGAACGUGGCAAAGUUCAGCUCAAAGGUGUCCUGCUGUGCAGCUACAUGACGCAGUUGCUGUUCAAAGUCAUGCUCGAAAUAGCAUUCAUUGUAGGUCAAUACUACCUCUAUGGCUUCAUAUUUAUGCCUAUGAAGAUUACAUAUUCAGAAUACCCCUGUCCAACACCAGUAGACUGCUUCAUAAGUCGUCCCACAGAAAAAAACAUUUUUAUCAUCUUCAUGUUGGUCGUGGCCGUCCUCUCUGUGCUCCUCAACAUUGUGGAGAUGUUCCACCUAAUGAUCUCAAAGAUGCAGGAGAGAAAAAGAAGGAAGAGUGACCCUUUCCCCCUAGGAGAAAUGCACUCCUUCAAAAAACCAGACCAAUAUUCAAGUGAGAGAGUUACACUUUGUUGAAGGAAUAGAUUUGACUUGACUGAGGUUUUCAGCUGAGAUGGAUCCUGAACCUACAAGGGACCUCGAUUCUUGCUUUAAUCAAUGUUGUUUGACAUAAAAAGUCACAUCCAGAUUUAAAUAACCAGAGUACAACCUAUUAUUUACUUUUUACUUCAUACUUUAUAUGAAUCAGUUAUGUGGUAAGAAACGCUAUCUGCCAAACUGCACACAAGUGGUCGAUGUAAAAAAGACAUUCUGAUCUAAGAACUACUGAAUAUGGACUUCUACAGAGUAGUGUUCUGAGUCUGCUUUCCUUUUUUGGUAUACUGAUGAUUGUAUGCCCUGUGUUUUUCAUAGGCAAUUGGUUGUGGCUGUGUAUCAAUAUGGUCAAGAGCAACCAAGCAAAG